AUGAAGUGCAAAAAGUUAGGAGAAAUUUAUCGUUAUGAGGUUCGCACUUUUGUUGAUAGUAAACACGGCAAGGCUUUAAUCGACCAAAUAAAAACAGUGGAUAAAAAGCGACUAAUUAAGAAAUUGGGACAAUUAACUGAAAAAGAAAUGGAUGCUAUUCAGGAAAAACUAUUAGGAAUAUUUGAUUUAUGGGAAUACUUAAAGAAGAGAGAGUUAACCGGUGGAAUUAACCAAGCAAAAGAAAAGUAUUUUACUCGCCAAAAAAGGAAAAAAGAGUGUUAUCCUUAUAUCUACAAAGGUUCUAACAAUACUUAUUUAUGCGGAAAUAAUGCUUGUGGAGGAAAUGUCUGCUUUAAAUGUGGUAAAAUAGAAACCCGAACUGAAUGGAGAAAGGAGGAAGAUUGUUGCGGAAAUGAGAUUAUGAGAGAAAAGAAAGUUGAAAUGUUUUAUCAAACAGAAAAAGACGAAAACGACCCCGAUAGGGAAUUAAAAGUUUACUAUUGCGAGGAACACCAGGGAGAAGCCCAAAAAAAGGAACAAGAGCGAGAAGAAAAAUUAAAUAACCAAAAAAAUCUUUUUUACUCUCUGGCACAAGAAGACUUAAAUAAAACUAAACAGCAUUAUUUUGUCUUUUUAGGCAAAGAAAAUGGACAAAAAUAUUAUCUAAUGGUGCCGCAGGAACAUUCUAUAUGA